CUGGUGUUUCCGGGGGGACGCAUUCAGUGCAGCACCAGCGCCGUGUGUUUAGAUUUGAACUUUCUGCGCUUCUGCAGAGAUGUCCACCCUGUUCCCUUCUCUGUUCCCGCGUGUGACCGAGUCUCUGUGGUUUAAUCUGGACCGACCGUGUGUGGAUGAAGCAGAGCUGCACCAGCAGGAGCAACAGCACCAGACCUGGUUACAGAACAUCGCAGAGAAGGACAAUAACCUGAUGCCCAUCGGUCGGCCCAUCUUUGAGACCUUCGAUGAAGAAGAAGAGGAGGACGAUGAAGACGAGGAGGACAGCGAGGAAGACUCAGAAGACGAUGAAGACAUGCAGGACAUGGACGACAUGAACAUCUACAAUGAGUUUCCUGAUGAUGGAGAAAUUAAUGAGGUCGACAUGGAAGGAGCCGAUCAAGACCAGGACCAGUGGAUGAUCUAGACCAGGUCUAGACCAGAUCCAUCAGUCAGGCGCUCUCAGCUGUGCGUCAGUGUGGGUUUGCUGUUGCUUUUUAAAGGCUUUGCGCAUGAAGAACUACGAUGGACUGGAAAGAAACGUCAGUGUGCAGCUGGACUCUCAAAACACACUCAGACACACACUCACACUCAUACACACACACACACUCAUACGCACACACACAGACACAGAC